AUGAGGAAUCAGAAGAAGCUCAAAGGAUUGGAAGAAACGAGGGAGCUAUGGCUUCCACACAGCCUGCUGAUUGAAGUUCUAUGGAGAUUGCCUUCUAAAACUUUGGCUUGGGUGAGGUUUGUUUCGAAAGAAUGGAAGAAUAUUGUAUCUGAUCGAACAUUUAUUAAGCUUCAGCUGAAACCCCGAGAGCAGCUAUCAGGUUUCUUUUCUCAAGGAAGGUAUGAGUGGAGUGAUGGUGAUGUUAAAUCUGUAAGCUACAUAAGUGUGGAUAGGGACUUCACCAAAGUUGAGAAAGGUGUUCUUAACUUUCUCCCUGAGAAUGUGGUUAUCCUGUCCUCGAGCAAUGGCCUUAUCUGCUGUCGUAGUAGCUUCCCUUGUUCAGAACCGGUGCUUUAUGUCUGCAAUCCUCUGAACAGGGAGUGGAUAACUCUGCAGUGGCCUAAUCUCCCGAAAGACAGCAGCACAGCGCUGAUAUUCGAGCCCUUCAAAAGCCAGAUAGAUGUUUCAACUGAUUUUCAGGUUGUUACAGUUUGCCAAACAUACAUUGAGGAGGAUGAAGAUGAAGAUGAAGAUGGCGUUCAGUUCUCUUUUAACAUAUAUUCAUCACAAACAAAAGUGUGGACAAAAUCUACAGAGAUUUGUGUUUGCGGCCAUAAUUUGCAGAAGAAGGGAUGUGCCUUUGUUGAAGGAGUCAUUUUUUGGCUUACUAAUGGCGACCACAUCCUCAUGUUCGAUCCCGAGAAGGAGCUGUCUUGCUUGGUUAUGCAACCUUUCCCCGCUUCUCAGCUCAAUUUUAGACCUGGAAUGUGCGUGGGAGAAGCUGAAGGCAGGCUGCAGUACGUGCUAUUCUCCGAGGAUGGACUUCAACUGUGGGAACUCGAGGAUAUGUUUUCAUCUCACUGGUCAGUAAAGCACUUCAUAUCUCUGGAGGAGCUCGAGAGAGAGAAUCCAAAGUGCAUGUAUCACAUAUCCGAGAAACUGGAAAGCCAUCUCACGACCGACACUUUUCCUUGGAUCAAUCCUUUGUCGUUCAAGGAUACGACGUUGUUGCUGAGGAUAUCAACUGACAUCUAUGCAUUCAACUUUGACACCAAGAAGGCCAAACUGCUCUGCCCUUAUUCUGCAUUGGGACCCAACUCCAUGUUCUCUCCCAUUGUGAUUCCAUACACAAUGAGCUUGGUCCCAAUUGGUUAAUUGUAAUGGCAUUUUGCUUCUUUUAGGUUCACUUCCCUAGACCACACCCUCAGCUUUUUGUGCUACUUCACUUGGUUAAUUGUGGUGGCAUUCUGCUUCUUUUAGGUUCA